AUGUCUCCACGUCGAACUCUUCGCUCUCGUGCUGCGCGGGAUGAUUUACCGAGAAUCGAUUCUAACUUAAAUUCAAGGCCUACAACGAGACUUACCCGUGCUGUUGCGUCUCAGCCGUCAGUGACAGUUUUUCGAUCUCCACCAGAUUCGCCAGAGGACGGAAAGAGAUCCAUUCGACUGACUGUCAAAAUGCCGUCCAGCAAGCUUCGUGAGGUUACCAGUGGCAACCAGCGAGGUGGAUCAAGACGGUCCAUCAAUGUCUUCACCGAGGAUCCUAUUGUGACGGGGCCACGGACUAGUAGGCCCAAAAAGAAGCUCGUCGAGGUGAACACGAGCGAUGAAGAUGAAUUAGAUGACCAGGAGGAGGACGAAGUUGACGACGAGGACGCUCCCGGUGAAGACGAUGAUUUGGAUGCGGAUGGGGACUUGGACAUGGACGAUGCCCCUCCUCAACCACCAGUGUCAAAACGACAUGCCAAGGCUGCUACCGGAAAGCCAGUCAAAAGCGUGGAAGCUAAAGAAAUGGACCUAAAUGAUGAUGACGAAGAAGACGAUGAGGAGCUAUCCGAGUUGGACUCAGACGCCGAGGGGGAACCAGAUGACCAGGAUGAAAGCGGACUUGGCAACGCAAAUGGGGCUGAGGAACUUGACGAUGAUGACUUGGAUAUUGACAGUGAAGACGGCGCACUUAAUGGUGACCCGAGCAAGCUUACCAAACGACAACGAGGAAACCUAGGAAAUGACUUUUUACAGCUUCCUAUGGAACCCCAAGUCAAGAAACAUCUGACGGCGGAGGAACGUGCUAUGCGCCGAGCUGAGAUGGCCCGCCGAAGAAAAAACCUUAGUGAGAAGCGAAACGAAGAAGAAAAGAUGGACACAAUCAACAGACUGUUGAGAAAGCAAGCCCCGAAACGUCGCGGCCGAGUUCCUGCUGGUGAAACUGCCGAUGCCACUCCAGCCGAUCAAGAGACACAAGAGAUUGAAAAGGCGGAUCCAACAAUGACACGAUGGGUCAGUGGCCAACAGGGCAGCAAAGUCGGUGUUCCAGAGGAAUGGCUUGGCAACCCUUCAGGACGUGUCUUUGGAGGUCUUGGGGGAGGCUCUAGGAAACUUGUCGAGGAAGUAUGA